UGUAGUGCAGCGUGUUGUGAACCGAGCUAACAUUAAUAGAAAAUUAAAAUACUUUUGCGGGCCGGAUUAAUAUUUGAUACAUGGUGAUUAGACGGACUGCUUGUGCGUAUGAAAAUAGCCAAUCGUAUAGCAGGAGGCGGGAUUAGUCUGAAUACGGGUGGGAAAAAAUGCCCACCAUGUGUUAAGUUACCGAGGACAGUUUCCAUGGGACAUCUUAGUGUUAAUGACGCGUUGCCACAAACAGCGAAGACAAAAAAGACAGAAAGCGAGGAAGCGUUGGUUAAACUAAACCGGUGCAGAUGACCGAAUUGCACCAGGCAGCAGCAGUGGGAGAUUCUGAUCUCGUGCAAGAAAUUGUGAAAAGAAAUAAGUGCAAUCCCAACCAGAAGGACAGUGACUGGAACAAUAAGACACCUCUGCACUGGGCAGCGGCUAAAGGCCAGACGGAGGUAGUUAGGAUACUGAUUGAAAAUGGAGCAAGAUCUUGUCUUAGAACUGAUAAUGGAUGGACACCUGCCCACUUUGCUGCAGAGUCAGGAAAGCUUCCAGUGCUGCGAUAUUUGCAUUCAGUUCGUGCCCCCAUAGACAUGGAGGACUGCUCUGGAGACAGACCUAUCAGGAUUGCUGAAAUCUAUGGGCAUAGAGACUGUGUUCAAUUUCUUGAAAAAGCAGAAACUGAGUGCAGGGACCACCGGCGUAUGGCACUGCUGAAAGGUCUCCCCCUAGAUGAGACUGAUGAUGACUGGGAGGAAGAAAGAAGAGAAGCGGACCAGCAGAAAAGGGCAAGGAGUCAUAAAAAUUGCUUUGUUUCUACGAAAAAGAAGGACAAUUGCAAAAGUCCAUAAAUGCAAGUAAACUGACAGACUCUCUUGGCAUUGCAAACAAUAUUUUAAUCUUAAAAUAAAAAGAAAUUACAAAUAAACUCACCACAUUUUCCACACAAUAUCAAUCACUUAUAAUGUAAAAAGGUAAUUUCAGUACAGAAUGCUGCAUAGCACGCCCUUUGCCCAUUAAAAGUACCUGUUUCACUGAUUUUCCACAUACCUUUCGAUAAUUAAGUCAUUCGGGAGGUACUGCAUACGUUAAGGCAAGUUAUAAAAUUCUAGGUGUUUAAUAACAAGCUAUGUUGUACAUAAAUCAAUAUUUAAAAUAACAUGCGUCUCACGGUUGAAAUAAGUAAAUGUAUAGUUUUACAUUACAAAUGUGACAUAAUAAACAUACAGAAGUCA